CACCGCUCCUUCCUUCAGCUCCAGCUCGUCACAUAAACUCAAUCACAGUCAGACUCAGCUGACCAAUGGCGGAAGGAAGAGAAGGCGACUGGGAAUGCAGUGGAUGCAGAAACCGCAACUACGCCUUCAGAUCCUUCUGCAAUCGCUGCCGCCAGCCUCGUCUCCUCGUCGACUCCAAAACCCCCGCCGACUCCAAAUGGCUCCCCCGCAUCGGCGAUUGGAUCUGCACCGGUUGCACUAACAACAAUUAUGCAUCAAGAGAGAAGUGCAAGAAGUGCGGCCAGAACAAGGACGUGGCAUCAAUGCCGGCCAUUGCUAUGCCCGGAAGUUCUGUUCCGUCCUAUCCGAAUUACUUGGGACGAGGACAAGUGGGACUGGAUCCCAAGAUGAUGAGCUUUGGUGCUGCUCCUCCUCCGCAGCAGCAGCCGUUUCCUCUGAACACCAACUGGCCUGGGGCUGAUAAGUAUGGGGUUCGGCCGGGGUCUGGUUUGUCUGUUGGUGGAAUCCGUAGUGCUGGAGCUCCAUAUGCCAACCCUGGUGGUGAGGUUCCGAAAGGGUUUCGCUCUGGUGACUGGAUAUGUGGCUGUGGGUUUCAUAAUUACCAGUCUCGUACUCAGUGCAAGAAAUGCAAUGCCUUUCCUCCAGCUCUUGGAAUCAAGCGGUUAGCAUCCGAAGAGUUUGUUAACGAUUGGGAUAACAAGAGAUUGAACGUGGGACAUGCAUUUGGGCAGCAUCAAGCUUAUCCUGGGUUCGAGCAAGCGAUAGGGGCCAGAGGUCACCCCAUAGCUGGACCUCAUGGUCAUUAUCCCGGUCUGAACUCAGUCGGGGCUCCCAAUUUUCAAGCCCCCAUGCCAUUGACACAACAUGCAACAACACCAACACUCUUUGGGAAAGGAGCAAAGCAAUGGCGUAAUGGGGAUUGGAUGUGCACAAAUUGCGACAAUCACAAUUAUGCAUCUCGAUCAAGUUGCAAUAGAUGCAAGACGGAAAGAGAUGCAGCUGCUCAGCCAGUCAAUGUCAUAUAGUCUUUAAAACUAAAGUAGUAGUAUGAAUUCUGUUGAAAUAUUCUUUUAGUUUUGCCUCUUGUACUUUGUGUAGGGAAAGAUGAACAAGGUCA